AUGCCCACUUCCAUCCUUUACACCGUUGAUUAUGACAACAAGCAAGAAAUUUCAAGUGGUGGAUUGUUAAUCGGACCCAAAAUUUAUGAAGUUGGAUCAUUUCGAAAACAAACAAAUCAUGAGCCGUUGAACAAUUUUGAAGAGCACUCCAAUUCAAAUAUUCAACCAUGUAAAAGGAUUGUAAUUGAUGGUAUUAAAAUCGUGAAAGUAAUUUCGGGCAGAAUUCAUACUCAUAUCAUCACGGAUCUUGGUAGGGUAUAUUCAUGUGGGCUUAACUCUGGAGGAUGUCUUGGAUGUGGAUUUGAUGGCGACAUUGAAUUGAACGGCCACACUGGUGGAUAUAAAAAACGAGGACUUGUAGCAACAGUUGGACCAAUGACAAAUCAUGUUGUGGUAGAUGGUAGUUGUGGAGGCUAUCAUUCUCUGUUUUUAACUCAGGACAAUGUUGUUUAUGUGUGUGGAAAGAAUAGCUCGCAACAGUGUGGAUUUUCUGAUAUUGAUAGCAUUCCCACUCCAAAAGCUUUGAGCAGUAGUUAUUUCAAUAAUUCGAAAAUACUUUCUGUAGCUGGUGGAAAUUCUUAUUCAAUUUUCGUAGCUGAAAACGGUGUGUAUGCCUGUGGAAAUGACAGUAAUGGAAGUUGUGCUGGACACCGAUCUCGCUAUCCAGUCCGUAUUACCUCCUUUCCUUCUAAUGAAACGCCUCUAAUCGCCAAAUGUGGAUAUGACAAUACUUCAAUAUGGUGUGCGAGUGGGGCCGUGUAUGGGUGGGGUUGUAAUAGCUCGGGACAGAUGAUGGAAGUUUCAAAGCAUGGCACUCAUGAAAACAGUCCCAUAGUACGGAGAGUAUUUUGUGAAGAUCCCAUUCAAGACAUAACAUGUGGAUAUUUCUGUGCUGCAGUGAAAACAAGAUCCACAUGGUUUCUUGCCCCUGGAGGGCAUGGUGUAGAUAUAGCGUGCAUUGACAAUAUUUUCAAGGAGAAGGACUCAAUUAUUGCAGUGUGCGCAGGGGACUACAUUGUAUUUGUUACAAAUCAGCCAAACACAAACUCUUCACUUGGGAGAGUUUUCAUGAGACAUCGCUAUGCUGCCAAGCAAACAGAAGAGAUAACUGGUGAAUUUGAACUACCUCACCCCAAUGCAAAAGUUGAAAUUAGUGCACUGCGAAAUGGCUAUAUAAUAUACUUUCCAGAUGGUAAAUCAAUCGACAAGGCAUUCAUGUUCAUGAAGAAUUUACUCACACCACAUGAAAAUCAAAAUUACAUUUCAGAUGUGAAAAUUGUGACGAAUUAUCAUUAA